UUUGUAACCGGAAACCUUCAAAGAAUCGAGAGUUCCUAGUUGAGAUUGAGAGUAGCUCAAAGGGGUCUGCGCUGCGGUUUGGUUGUAUAUGUGUGUAAAUGAGCUGUAUUGUGUACAUUUGAGAGUAGAAAUAGAGCAUGAGCGUCCGUCACGAGUCGGAGCCUAAACUGUACCGCUACAGCAGGACGGUGUGCGGCGUCUUCACUCAUGUGCUGUGCGCGCUCUUCAGCGGCUUCAUCACUGUACUGAGCAGACCGGGAUCCAGUCUGUUCUCAUGGCAUCCGUUUCUGAUGACUCUCGCUUUCUCCUUCUUCAUGACUGAAGCCGUUCUGCUCUUCAACCCGUAUUCCUCUCCCAUCAAGAAGCUGAAGCACAAAACUAAAGGCCGCCUGCAUUGGAUCCUGCAGGGUUUGUGUGUUUGCUGCGCGGCUGCAGGUCUGGGUGCCAUCUUUUACAACAAAAACCUCAACGACAAGCCUCACUUCAGCACAUGGCACGGGUUGAUAGGAGUUUUAACGGUCGCUGUCGUCGGGCUGCAGUCGCUCGGAGGACUUCCGCUCCUCUAUCCCAAACUCGCCAAAGGCUGGUCGCUGGCUAAACUGAAGCGCUACCACGCCGCCUCCGGUUUACUCACAUACCUGCUGGGCAGUUUGAGCUUGUUCCUCGGACUGUGUUCGGCGUGGUUUAGCAGCAGCGUGAGCGGGUACGUCUGGUACCUGGCUGUCCUCUGUCCCGUUCUGUGCGCUCUGGUCAUUAUGAGUCAGGUAACGAAUGCUUACAUGGCCCGCAAACCAAUGCAGUACUGAAACAGACAUUCAAGGUUCAUCUGAAGUGAUACAGACAUUGUGAACUCUUAAGUGGACCAGAAUUGCAAGUUACUGAGCUAAUUUUAUUGUUAAUUAUGUAAAUGUUCUUUAAAAAAAAAAAAAAAAAGUAUUUUUAUAACAGGUUUAUAUUCUUCGAUGCAUUUCAGUGGUGUUGAUAGCAUGUAUUUGGUGCAAAUAUCUUUGGAAAUGACUGAAGGCAACUCUUUUUUCUUAUUAAAUUGUUAU